GCAGCCGGGGAGCGCCGUUCCCGACAAGCACAUGCACCCACAGCCCGGUGCGCGCGGGCACACGGGCGGGCACACUCGCGCACUCGCACACACGCACACUCAGACACGCACGCACCUUCGCACCCGUGUUCCCUAUAGGUGUGCGGUCCAAAGUUGCGGCCGCAAGGAGGGUGAGCUGAGAUGGACCGGUCUUCCUUGGCGCCUGGGCGAGGCUUUCCUGGAGACCCCCCAGAAGGACAAGAGGGCAAGAGGAAAGACCCCCUCGGCUUAGAGUUGUCUCCCUCCUUUUCCGAGAUGACCAGCGCGAAAUGAGGACUGCCCCAAGCCUUUGGGACGUGCCUGCGGAGCGGAGCCGGAGCGAGUGUUCUUGGAGAGGUCAUGAACUCGGGCCACCCGGGCUCAUGGGCAACUUGUUCUGCGCAGUUCUCAAUGGAGCCCCGGACCCACCCGGCUCCUGGCUCGCCUGCUUCCCACCCCCCCUUCUUUGCUGCUCCUCUUUCUUUUAAAUGUGUGAAGUUGAAGUGGAAAGCAGAUAGGUGCUUCGCAUACUUUGGCGGCCAGCUGCCUCCCCUUCACACUGAAGAGCGGGAGCAGAGGACCCGCUUUGCUGACCCUGAGAAGCAGGACAGACCCCCAGGAGCAGAUGAGCCAUGAACCAGCGGAAGGCGGCCUGGACGCCUGCGAUGCCUCAGAUUUGACAGAUGAAAAAGUGAAGGCCUAUCUUUCUCUCCACCCUCAGGUAUUAGAUGAAUUUGUGUCUGAAAGCGUUAGUGCAGAGACUGUAGAAAAAUGGCUGAAGCGGAAAAACAAGAAAUCAGAAGAUGAAUCAGCUCCUAAGGAAGUCAGCAGGUAUCAAGAUACAAAUAUGCAAGGAGUUGUGUAUGAACUGAACAGCUAUAUAGAACAGCGGUUGGAUACAGGAGGAGACAACCAGCUACUCCUCUAUGAAUUGAGCAGCAUCAUCAAAAUCGCCACAAAAGCUGAUGGAUUUGCACUGUAUUUCCUUGGAGAGUGCAAUAACAGCCUUUGUGUGUUUAUCCCGCCUGGAAUCAAGGAAGGAAAACCCAAGCUCAUCCCCGCUGGUCCCAUCGCCCAGGGCACCACCACCUCUGCCUACGUGGCCAAGUCCAGGAAAACGUUGCUGGUGGAAGACAUCCUCGGGGAUGAACGGUUUCCAAGAGGCACCGGGCUGGAAUCGGGGACGCGGAUCCAGUCUGUUCUUUGUCUGCCGAUCGUCACUGCGAUCGGGGACUUGAUUGGCAUCCUGGAGCUCUACCGGCACUGGGGCAAAGAAGCCUUCUGUCUGAGUCACCAGGAGGUCGCGACAGCAAACCUCGCCUGGGCCUCAGUAGCGAUACACCAGGUGCAGGUAUGCAGAGGUCUUGCCAAACAGACUGAACUGAAUGACUUUCUACUCGAUGUAUCAAAAACGUAUUUUGAUAACAUAGUUGCAAUAGAUUCUCUACUUGAACACAUAAUGAUAUAUGCAAAAAACCUGGUGAAUGCCGACCGUUGUGCCCUUUUCCAGGUGGACCAUAAGAACCAGGAGUUAUAUUCAGACCUUUUUGAUAUUGGAGAGGAAAAGGAAGGGAAGCCCGUCUUCAAGAAGACCAAGGAGAUCAGGUUUUCAAUCGAGAAGGGGAUCGCCGGCCAAGUGGCAAGGACCGGGGAGGUUCUGAACAUCCCAGAUGCCUACGCAGACCCGCGCUUCAACAGAGAGGUGGACUUGUACACGGGCUACACGACCCGCAACAUUCUCUGCAUGCCGAUCGUCAGCCGCGGCAGCGUCAUCGGCGUGGUGCAGAUGGUCAACAAGCUCAGCGGCAGCGCCUUCUCCAAGACGGACGAGAACAACUUCAAGAUGUUUGCGGUCUUCUGUGCUUUAGCCUUACACUGUGCCAAUAUGUACCACAGGAUCCGGCACUCGGAGUGCAUCUACAGGGUCACGAUGGAGAAGCUGUCCUACCACAGCAUCUGCACCGCGGAGGAGUGGCAGGGCCUCAUGCACUUCAGCCUGCCCGGCCGUCUGUGCAAAGAGAUCGAGCUGUUCCACUUUGACGUCGGCCCCUUUGAAAACAUGUGGCCUGGAAUUUUUGUGUACAUGAUCCACCGAUCCUGUGGGACAGCCUGCUUCGAGCUGGAAAAGCUGUGCCGCUUCAUCAUGUCUGUGAAGAAGAACUACCGCCGGGUCCCUUACCACAACUGGAAGCACGCGGUCACAGUGGCACACUGCAUGUACGCCAUCCUGCAGAACAACCACGGGCUCUUCACCGACCUCGAGCGCAAAGGACUGCUCAUCGCAUGUCUGUGCCAUGACCUGGACCACCGGGGCUUCAGCAACAGCUACCUGCAGAAGUUCGACCACCCCCUGGCCGCGCUGUACUCCACGUCCACCAUGGAGCAGCACCACUUCUCCCAGACUGUGUCCAUCCUGCAGUUGGAAGGGCACAACAUCUUCUCCACCCUGAGCUCCAGCGAAUACGAGCAGGUGCUUGAGAUCAUCCGCAAAGCCAUCAUCGCCACGGACCUCGCUCUGUACUUCGGGAACCGGAAGCAGCUGGAAGAGAUGUACCAGACCGGGUCGCUGAACCUGAAUAACCAAUCACAUAGAGACCGUGUCAUCGGUUUGAUGAUGACCGCCUGUGAUCUUUGUUCUGUGACAAAGCUGUGGCCAGUGACGAGGCUGACGGCCAACGACAUAUAUGCAGAAUUCUGGGCCGAGGGCGAUGAGAUGAAGAAGCUGGGGAUACAGCCCAUUCCCAUGAUGGACCGAGACAAGAAGGACGAGGUCCCGCAAGGCCAGCUGGGGUUCUACAACGCCGUGGCCAUCCCCUGCUACACCACCCUCACCCAGAUCCUCCCCGCCACGGAGCCGCUCCUGGCGGCCUGCAGGAAUAACCUGAGCCAGUGGGAGAAGGUGAUCCGGGGCGAGGAGAGCGCCUUGGGAAUCCUGGACCUGCCAGAGGCCGAGGGGUCCCCGGAGAGGCCGCCCAUGAAGACCGAUGACUGAUGGCCCCCAGCGGGCCGUCCCACCGGAAAAUGCUCAUCCUGCUUCUUUGACUUUUCUUCCUUUUAUUUUCGGGGGGAACCUACACCUGUUAAACUGGGAUGCAGACCUCUUCAAGAAGGACCAUCAGGUGAACACGUCCAGCAGAUGGCUCCCUGCCGGCCUCCCUGCCGCGUCCUCGACGGUGGUCGGCCAGGCCCAGAGACGCGCCGCUCAGAGUCGCCUCUUGACUUGUGACCUGGCCUCUUCUGAUGGGCUGCUAGGUGGAGGCCUUAAUGGAGACGGACGCUUAGAAAGGGGUACUUUUCCGCUGUAUCUUUCUGGUGAGGGUUGAAACGGUACUAAGAAGGCACCGCACUUUGGCUUCCACACCACUGUUGCUUUGAUGUUGUUGGCUAUAAAUAGGAGCUUUGACACGUUGCGCUUGUGGAUGUUCGAGUGUGACCUGGUUGUUGUUAGCGUGGAUCGUGGCAGACAGCCUUAGCCCGUGGCAUCGAGCUGACUGAGCAAGAAGUGUCUUUCUGCAAUCAUUGACGGAAAAUAGUCAGACUUGGGUUCAGAGCCUCGUGAAUUAAAAAAAGUUAGGUGGACUAAAGUGUACUCUUUAAAUUUAUAUAAAGGGCUUAGAUGCAUAAAUUUAACACUAAAGGAAGUAGAUUUUCUAUCCUCUCUAGAAGAGAUGCAGAUAUACAUCAUAAUAAAUCUAAGAACUCCAAUAUCAAUUCUAAAGAUGUUAAGAGAAUUUUUUAAAAUUCUUUUUCCUUUAUUGUCUUCUCGGCAAAUUUCCUAAACCCUUUACACAAAGAACAAAAUAAAAGCAAGGCAUACAAAUGUUUUUCAGUGGACAAGUCUUAUGGAUGCAAAGUGCGAAUUUUUAGUAAUGAUGCUUUUAUGGUUUCACUUGAUGUCAUUGCAAAAUCUUAAACUCACAUUCAAAAAUGAAAGAUUUAUUCUACAGAUUAUUUAAUUAAGAGACCAUACAUUUCUCUUAAAAUCAAUUAAACCAUAAAAUCUAAGCCUUCUGGAAUCUUCACUCUGGCCCGCUGCGUUCCUCUCCCACAUCCUGCCCUCGUCCGCCCGCUGGUCUUUCAGAAGCUCUCUGCCCACAGCAGGGAGGCCAGAGGACACAGCUGUAUCUGGGCCCAUCUCUGCCCUUUCCGCUCCACUCAAGGUGGGAUAUCCACAGAAAAACCUGUGUCUGCAAAGUUGCUUCUGUAUCAGUUUGGUAAGCUCAUAUUACUCUACAGUGUAAAUGCUUUGAAAGAAGUAUACAAACUUUAUAGGCAGCCCCCUUCCUGCAAGGAUUCAAAGCCAGUCACUCCUGGCGCCUGCUAAUGCUUCACCUCCGAAGCUGCUAGUACUGACCUGAAGGAAUGCGUCUCAGAAGUACUGAGUUGUCCCUAACAAGUGGCUUAUCCACCAUCCUUGUAGCAGGAAACUGGAGCAUUACUCUUAAUGAAAUAAAUUUUUUCAAAGAUUAUUUCACAUAUCCAAUACUGUAUACAUUGUUGUUCAUAUGAGCUUGGUUUUUGCAAAAAUUAUUAAAUCAGAUGUUUCUAAGAUAUGGUUGAUUUAUAGCAGAGUUAGCUAUACAUAAACAUCAUUCGUAUUUUAAAAUUCGUAUUUUAAAAUUAACACUGUGUUCAGUUUUUAGAAGCCUUAUGGGCUUCUAAAAGUGGCCAUCUUCCUUACUUGGAGCUCCAUUUGCCAUUAUAAUGUUACGAUAUGAGAUGAAAUAACGGAGAGAAUGCCGCUGCGGCUAGUUUCACACACACACAUAUGGACACAUGCAGCUGUGUACAUGCAUAUAGACAUACACAUGUGUGUAGAUGUGCACACGCAUGUAUAUGUGAGAGAGAGAAAGGGAGAGAGAUACAAACACAUCUUUGAAAACUAAAAAUCAGCCCCAUUCUUCAAAAACAGUGAUUUCUCAUGUGGAAAAAUGUAUAUUGUUUAAUAUAAAGCUGACUAGAAAAAGCCCUCUUUCAUGUUAGUGUAUUCAUAGAAUUGAAUUCUAAAAUGUUGCAUACAUCCAAACUUUCUACAUCCAAAUGUUUGAAACUGGACCCACGAGAUUUAAUGUUAAUCAGGAGAGUGCCUUAGGUCAUCUAACUGAACCUGGAGACUGAAUUGCAAGGGGGAAGGAAAUAUUAUUUAAGGCUGCUGUUAUUAAAAAAUGUUUAAAAGAAUGUGUGAAUUCUGCUUCUGGGAAGAGAAAGCAGUCCUGGGGAGGGAAGCCUCUGGCUAUUUUUGCAUUUAAAGCUUGCUGUUGUGACCCGAUUAUUAGAGAAAAGUGUCUUAUUUCGACAUAGCCAAGUGUGUUACAUGAUGUGACCUGUGCUUUGAACAAUAGUUUCCCAAAGAAGUGUAUGUGGAUUUAUCGGUUGGUUAAUUUCUUGUGAAUCGUCAUAAUACAAGCAAAGUUUGAACAAAGGACUGUAUUCUAAGGUAAACUGUUAAUACUGCUUCCAUCAUGUAUAAGUUCGACUUGAGAAUCAUAGAUUCACCUAAGAUGAAAGUUGCCUCGGAUGCAGGGAUGUUUAGUUAACAAUCUAUUGUGGAAAACAUGCAGUUGGGAGUAUUUUGUAUCUCAGCAUUUAUUUAGCAGGCAUGCUUUUAGAGUUCCAUCUUGUCUUUCCCCCAAAUCUUUUCUUUAAAGGACAGAUGGUUGUCAUUGCCAAGUGUUUUGAUGAGUUUCUUAUUAAGGUGUUAUUUUAUAUUGGGCCCAAGUUCCCUGUUCAGUAUAAAUUUGGUAACCAGUUGUGAGCAUAUGUUAAAUAUUUAAUUUUCAAAAAUUUUUAUUGGUUUUCAUUUAUAGUAGAGAACAGUUUUAUCAUCAAAUGCCAUUAUGCCAUUAUCUUUCCAGAGAUAGUGAAUAUAUUUUUUACCUAGAAAUUUUCUUGGAAAUGCAUUCUAACGACGACAUGAAAUACUGAACUUGGACAGUGGAAUAAAAUUCUAAAAAAAUGCAAGUAUCUGGUUAAUUAAUAGUUGGCUGUGAUUUAAUUAAAUGGAGAGUCUUCAUUGCGAUUAAUGUGGAAAGGAAUCCUCAAAUACAGCCCUUUUACUAGGGCAGGAAUUGUGUGAUCCAUUUCCCAGCUUUAGUUAUUUUCAAGAAGCACGUGAGAAGCCAGCCUCAGAGGAGAGACCAAGUUUUAAAUUAUUCACACACAGUUGUCCUUCGUCCCAACUCUUCUCUCAAUGGAAAAGCAUCUGUACAGACGACCCCAGAGCUGCUGACUUGUUACCACAGCGACAAAAAAAGAGCUACUUCAGAACUACGCUUGUUCAGUGUAGGUUUCCUCUCUUUAGCAUGCUUUUCAGAUAUUAUGUUUAUUUUAUAGAAUCAACCUCAGUAAAUUUUGCUUUCUUGGUACAUUCAAGCACACUAGCUAUGCUUGUACACAGUACACAUAGAUGCAUAAAUCCUUAGCUUCUUGGAUUAUUUAAUAGAUUUAGUUUCUAGUAUUAUGUUGCUGGUCUUUUAAUCCAAAGAAAGGGUUGAGUCUUAGUAAGACUAAAUGAUUCACCAUGCCUUGGUCUGUGCCUUUAUUUUGAACACUGCAAAUUUUACUUCUUCUUUCAUAGAUUCGUCGUUUUGCUUUCUCGCUUGACUAUACUUAAAAGCAUUUCAAGGGAUAUAUCCACGGUUAAUUUUAUCAAGUUAAAUUAAUUAAGAUCAUUCUCUCUUUAUGAGACUUCUAUACUUUAUUUCAUUUUAUUCAGUUACCUUCCUGACCAUAACCAAUGAACUGUUCAGACUCAGUUUUUUUUUUUUUAACAAGAAUUUCCAAGAACUGUGACACUGAUUGUGAUGUGAUUUUGUGGGUUUUUCAGGUACAUAUGCAUGGUUUAGACUUUGAAACUCACUUCUAUCUUUAUGUAUUUCAAAUGUGUUUGCCUUCUACACUUCACUGGUUUUAUUCAAGGUUUCAUUCUUUAAAAACGUAUUCAUUUAUUUCGCUUUAAAGUAUCCCUUCAAUUGCAAGUGUUAAUAUGAUUUAAAAUCACUGUUAAAUGUAAAACUAACCAAGUAUGGCGUCAGUGGUGCUGUCCCCACGCUUGUCUAUAGCGCAUGGCUGGUGUCUUUUUACGUUUGCAUAAGUAUUUAUGCUGAUACACACUUUGCCAAUUUCUUUAAACACUUAAGUUUAAACUGUAAUACUCAGUGCACUGCUUACUGUUUUCUCUUUUUUUAUUGAGUAUUUUGAUUGAAGCAUUAGAUACAUUUAUGCGAUGAUAAAAAUAGCAAAAAAAAAAAAAAAAGAGGAAGAAAACAGUUUCUAUGCUGCUCUCGUUCUAAAUUUAAAAGGUGGGACAAAGUGAAAGACGUCCAUGUUUUCCAAGGAACAUGUUUGAAAUCCAAAGAAACAUCACUGCCUUUGCCUAAGCUCUCAGCGUUUUCUUCUCUGACCACUGAAAGCACGCAGACCCUCAUGCGUCUGCCGGGCAAGGUCACUGUUACCCCAGGACCCAGGCAGAAACUUCCAGCCAGUCCAAGCCACCAAGUAGAGAAGUCGGUCUACACACGUCAAGUUUCGGCUGAUAUUACCGAGGAACUGUCCAUUUUCUGAUGCUUAAGUGGAAAGGUUUCAUUCCUAUUGCAAGUUAAGUUUUAAAAGUGUGUUAUCUCGUACCCUAGCCCACCUAAAAAUGUCAACCUCUCUUGGGCAUUGCAGCUUUUGUUUUCUCGUUAGCGCCCAGUCCUGUGUCGUGUCUCAAAUAUCCUAGGCAAAUGACGUAUGGGAACGUUCUCUUCCAUAUGAUCCGUUGUAUGGUCUAUAUUCUAUAUAUUCACUUGGCAUGAACAUUGAACAUAGACUUCAUCACAGUAGUUUCCACACAAUGCCCCCACAUUUUACCCUGCCCACCCCAGUGACCCACUGGAAAAAAUAUGCGCGCCCAAAGCACUGUGAAACAGCUACCAAAAUUUAUAGAAAUGCAGUGUCCUGACUCUUUCUGAAAAGGUGGCUUUUUAUUUUAACAAGUCCUUAUGAACAAAAGAUCCUCUAUCCCUACUUAGCCAAGGCAUCUGUAAUCUCCUUGCUGACGGGAAGCUGCUGGAGUGACAUAUGGGUCACAUGCUAUCAAAAAUACAGUGAAUGCUCAUAAUAAUGCUGAUUUUUAGACUCAAUGGCUCUGUAUCCACAGUUUUAGUGGGCUCUCUUGGAAGGAGAAAGAAAUUUGAGUUAACAAUAUCCAAUUUCAUUACAGUUAAUGAGUUAUAAAUUUACAAAUAUUUUAUACAUGACAUAUAAAAACUUUGUAAAAUGCACAAGUGCAAUAACUUAAAGAGAUCUUAACUUUGCAUUUAUAAAUUAUAAAUAUUGUACAUGUGUGUAAUUUUUUCAUGUAUUCAUUUGCAGUCUUUGUAUUUAAAAGAUCUUUUCUGUUAUGUUUGUAUAAUAUAACAAUAAUCAUUUAUGAUAAACUAGGCAAGUUGUAAAUAAAUUCAUAAUUCAUAAAGCCAGUGUAUAUGCGUAUACAGGUGUUACAUUACAAAAUCUUUGUUUUACCUACAAGCUUAGAGCAGCUAGAAACUUUUGUUGAUAUGUAACUAUACAUUUAAAGUAUAUAUAUAUAUGUAUGAUACAUGAAAUAUAUGUAGAGAUGUUCAUAAUUUUAAUGGCUCUCCUUCGUUGUGAAUAAUUGAAUACAGAAUUUUUAAAAUAUCACCUUUCACGUUUAUUGUUUGUUCUCAUGUAUGGGGAAGGUCAGAGACAUUUUGUGCACUGAGGAGGAGGUGCAGGGCUUCCUAAAGUUCCCAUGCAAACACCCCAGGCCUUGUCUGCAGAGGAGACAUCAAGUUCACAUUGGAGCAACCUGGUGCAUUUGCUUCAAGCAUUUUCUAGCAGAAAGGAUGAGGCAACAUAAAAGGUUACAUUUUUACAAGAUGAUUUGUUAACCCCAUUGUAUAAUCUUAAAUGUUGGAAGACUGUUCGGGUCUUUCAGAAAGACAGUUUCAGGUUACAGAACUCCUGAUCCUGAGUGCCCAAGGCCGAGGCUGGCUCCUGAAUCAGACCCCUGCCGGCGGAGUUUCCAGGACCAGUCCAAAUUCGCCUGGCUAAGAGCAGGAAGGACUCCACGGGGCAGGCACGUUUACGAGUAAGUGAUGGGAUUCUUUCUGCUGGUAAAGAAAAUGUUCUUGGCUAAAUUCACAUAAUCUUAGGCACUGAUGAGUAUCCUCCUGGCUUCAUCUUUAAACUCUGCUUAAAGAAAUUGUGUUUGUUUGGCUCUUUCUGCUUGCCGUCAGGUGAGCAGGCAAAUGAUAAAUAUUUAAGACCAGAAAGUUAAAGUUGAAUUGUAUCCCGAGGCCCUCUUUAACUAAAAUUAUACUACUAUGCUAACUAAAGAUAUACCUUUGGGAGCAAAUGAAAUAAAUGUUUUGUGGAAUAAAGGCCUGUCACAUUGUUGAA